AUGUGUCGUGCACAGCGCAAAAGAAAUUCCAAUAAUCAUAUCCUGACCUUAAUGUCUGUGGCUGCUCAAAUCUACAAGCACCCCAGCCUGAAGAAUUCUAUCAACCUGGUGGUGGUGAAGGUUUUGGUAGUGGAAGAUGAAAAGGAUGGACCAGAAGUGUCGGACAAUGGUGGUCUGAUGUUGAGAAACUUCUGCAAUUGGCAACAGUUCUUCAACCCUCCAAGUGACCGUCACCCAGAACACUAUGACACGGCAAUCCUGCUGACCAGACAGGAUUUCUGCGGACAUCAAACCUGCAGGACCCUCGGAGUGGCUGAGACUGGCACCAUGUGUGACCCAAACAAAAGCUGUUCUGUGAUAGAAGAUGAGGGUCUUCAAGCAGCUUACACCUUGGCCCAUGAAUUAGGGCAUGUACUCAGCAUGCCUCAUGAUGACUCCAAGAGUUGCGAAAGGCUUUUUGGGACAUUAGGAAAACAUCACAUGAUGGCUCCAUUAUUUAUUCAUCUGAACAAGACCCUGCCUUGGUCCCCCUGCAGUGCCAUGUAUAUCACAGAAUUCCUAGAUGGAGGACAUGGUAACUGUCUGCUUGAUGAACCAGCCCAAACUAUCACCCUCCCGACUGACCUUCCAGGCCAAAUACCAAUGUAUAACUUAGACCAACAGUGCCAGCAAAUAUUUGGCAAAGAGUUCGAACACUGUCCAAAUGCCACACAGGAAGACGUCUGCUCCCAGCUUUGGUGCAAGUUGGAAAACGGAGAGCAACUCUGCCACACCAAAAAUGGCAGCUUGCCCUGGGCUGAUGGGACACCCUGUGGGCCAGGGAAAAUGUGCCUGGAGAGCCACUGCGUGGCACAAGAUACAGUGAUGCCCAAGCUUCCUGUGGAUGGAAACUGGGGGCCCUGGAGCUCGUGGGGGCCAUGUUCCAGGACAUGUGGCGGAGGGGUGCAUUUCUCUUACAGAGACUGUGACAACCCAGUGCCCAAAAAUGGGGGCAAAUACUGUGAGGGACAAAGAGUGCAAUAUGAGUCUUGCAACAUUGAGGAAUGCUCCCCAACUGGCAAGAGCUUUCGAGAGCACCAGUGCGAGAAAUAUGACAGAUACAACUUCACCGACUUGAAUGGGAAUUUGCUAGAAUGGGUCCCCAUGUAUGCUGGAGUGUCUCCUCGAGAUCGUUGCAAGUUAGUCUGCCGGGCGAAAAGAGGGAAUGAAUUCAAAGUCUUUGAGACCAAAGUGAUUGACGGGACAACGUGUGCACCUGAUACACUCUCUGUCUGUGUGCAUGGACAAUGCAUCAAGGCUGGUUGUGAUCAUAUUAUUGGUUCUUCCAAGAAACUAGACAAAUGUGGAGUUUGUGGUGGGGACUGCUCAACUUGCAGAAAAAUAUCCGGCUCACUCAACAAAUCCAAGUUUGGCUACAACGACAUCGUCACCAUUCCAGCAGGGGCGACCAACAUUGACAUCAAGCAACACAGCCGAGGAGUAAGGCAUGAUGGGAAUUAUUUAGCUCUGCGGACCCUGGAUGGCAAGUACCUACUGAACGGAAACUUCACCGUCUCAGCUAUGGAACAAGACAUCUUUGUGAAGGGGACUGUCCUGAGGUACAGCGGCUCCCUGACCACCCUGGAACGCCUCCAGAGUUACCAGCAGCUCCCCGAAUCCAUUGUCGUUCAGGUGUUGACCGUUUCCAGCGAGAUGUUCCUCCCCAAGGCAUUCCCUCCGCCCAAGGUGAAAUAUACCUUUUUUAUCCCCAAGGACCUCCAAUUCAACAAGCAGAAGAUCAAGGAGAAAAGCUUGGCCAACAUGAUCAAACCCUUGUUGACCUCACAGUGGGUUCUGGGAGACUGGUCAGAGUGCUCCAAGUCCUGUAGCUCGGGUUGGCAACGGCGGACAGUAGAAUGCCUGGAUGUGGAAGGGCAGCCUUCCUCCACCUGUGACAAGGCCGUCCAACCCGAGGACAUCAAACCAUGCAGUGGUCUUCCUUGCCCCAUCUGGCAGAUGGGGCCAUGGUCCCCCUGUUCCCAAACAUGUGGAGAAGGAAUGCGGACACGAAGUGCCUUGUGCAUUGACUACCUAGGCAAGCCUGUUGCCUUCGAGAAAUGCAAUUCGUCGCAGCCUCCAGCAGCCACUACUCUCUGUGUCCUCCAGGAGUGUUGAAGUGAACUGAAGGCUGGCGGGCAAUCUAAGAGGCCUCUGUAACUUAGUCUAACUACUAACCUAACUCCAAAUAGGCUUGGCGUCUUCAAGCAAGGGAGUAGUUUUAAAGCCAACGGGGCACUAAUUGACUUGAAGCAGUCCUGUUUCAUAUCCCUGUUUGAAAGAUUAGAAGGCAUGGGUUACCACCACUAAUCCCCCUCCCCUUUCUCUCUUUUCCCUGUUGUACUUUCUUUUCCUCCAAAUUGACAUCUACCUCAGUGGGGGGGGGGGAUAGAAUUUUUGAUAAAUCAUUUGACGUUUUUGGAGAGAGGGAAAAAAAAUGUCUGCAGGCCGAUACUUGGUAGCUAAGGGAAAUUUGUGUCCUAAGUCGGCUCGGCAGGCGAGCCAAAACUCACCUACGCUUUCACCUGGCACCUUUGCCAAUUGGAUUUUAGAGACGUUAUUUAAGAGGCUGCUGUUCCUGCAAAUACGGAGUUAAUCCCCAUGAUCGCAGUUGGGUGCAUCCUUCAGUUAGCAAAACAGUAUGCCUUCUUUGGGAAGGCAUACAGGCAUACAAAAUUCGGUCUUUGAUAUUGGCAACCGGUAAGUCGGUUCUAUAAGGGAUGCAGUGGCUCAGUGGCUAAGACGCUGAGCUUGUCAGUCAGGAAGGUCUGCACU